AUGGCUGGAGGAAGGAACAACACAACAGUUGCCAAAUUCAUCCUUUUGGGAUUCUCAGAUUUUCCCAAGCUCAAGAUUGCUCUCUUUACAGUAUUCUUGGGGACUUAUCUCUUGACAGUGGCCUGGAACCUGAGCCUCAUCAUCCUGAUUAAGAUGGACUCCUCCCUACAUACACCCAUGUACUUCUUCCUCAGCAACUUAUCCUUUAUAGAUUUAUGCUAUGUUACCUCCACAACCCCCAAAAUGCUCUCAGGCUUCUUCCAGAAGACUAAAUUCAUCUCCUUUGUGGGGUGCGCCAUACAAUACUUCUUCUUCUCUAGCCUAGGUCUGACUGAGUGCUGUCUCCUAGCAGCCAUGGCUUAUGAUCGAUAUGCUGCCAUUUGUAAUCCUCUUCUCUACACAAACAUCAUGUCCCCCACCCUCUGUGAGCAGAUGGUGGUUGCAGCCUAUAUAACUGGUAUCUUUGGCUCAUCUAUCCAACUGUGUGCUUUACUUCAGCUCGAUUUCUGUGGACCAAAUAUUAUCAACCAUUUCUUCUGUGACCUGCCUCAAUUAUUAGUCCUAUCGUGCUCUGAAACUUUUUUCCUACAUGUUAUAAAGUUUGUGAUAGCAGUGAUUUUUGGUCUGACAUCUGUCAUAAUCAUCAUGAUAUCUUAUGGUUAUAUUGUUGCCACCAUCCUGAAGAUCAGCUCGCUUGAAGGCAGGUCUAAGGCCUUCAACACCUGUGCUUCUCACCUGACAGCAGUGACCUUUUAUUUUGGAUCAGGACUCUUUGUCUAUAUGCACUCCAGCACUGAUAGUUCUCUGGGUUAUGACAAGAUGGCAUCAGUCUUCUAUACAGUGGUGAUCCCCAUGUUGAAUCCUUUGAUUUAUUGUCUCAGGAACCAGGAAAUCAAAGAUGCCCUUACUAGGUGUAAGAAGAAGAGAAUAUUUUCCCAUUGUCACAGUUAA